GCCAUGUGGUAAGCUCAGAGAUCUGCACAUGGCUUUCCUCUAAUUUCUAUACAAAAACCCUAAUUUCUUCCCCCAUUAACAAUGGGGUUUUUCUUCCAUUUCAUACCCAUUUCUCCAUUUCAUCACUUGUUCAUAAAGCUUCAAACUUUUUCGAUUGAAACCCAAAAAGCUUCAAUUUUUUUGGAUCUAUGAAGCUCAAAAUCACAUUUGAAGAUCAAAUGGCUACUCCUAUGAAAAACCCAUUAUCGUUCUUCAUUGUUCUUACUUUUUUUCUCCUCUCUUUGGGUUUUUUGGGAUUUAUAAGAUUCUUCUCAUCUUUUUUACUUACUUUCACAGCUUUAAUUAUGUCCAUGCUUUAUUUUUCAAUCUCCAAAACAAACCCAUUUCCGCUUCACAAAUCUUUACACCAACAACAAGAAGAAGAACAGAAAGAACUAACCUUUCUCUCCUCCGAUCACCGGAAUUUCUCGUCGGCGUCAGCUCCUACUGUGGAUUUGCUGUCGGAAAGUGAAUGUGCCGAUGAUAAUUUCACGACCACCGAGGAAUCUGAAGUGGAGUGGCCGUUUUUUGACCGGUCAACGGCGAAAAACAUUUACCGGUCUGAUGAUGGUUCCAUUUCUGACGAGGAAAGUUUGAUUGAAAUCGCUCUCCCGACCCGACAUUACGUCAGCCAUAAGUCCGAUGACGACGACGACGACAAAGACGACAUGUCGUUUGAGUUUCAAAAGCUGAAGAGGAAGAAGAAUCUUGUGGAGCUGUUGGCUGAAAUUAACGACAUCAACGAGGAGGAGAAUUUGAUCGAGAUCGACAUAUCGAUGGGAUCCAUUAAAUAUUCAAGGUUCGAAAUUGAAGCUUAA